AUGGCAUCGCAGAUGCAGGCUCAGAAAGAGCUGCGGCGAACAAGCUCAAAGCUUGAGUCGAGGCAGGGUGGCUACCAGCUUGUUUCAACCUGCCCCUUCGAGUGUGACAAAAGGAGUGGGACUGAAGACGACAAGAAGAAGGAGAAGAACGAUCUUGAGGGCUUUGCUACCAUUUUCGGCGACAACAAGAUUCUUACGAGCCUGUUAGUCUUUGUUCCGCUGGGGCUCAUGGCACACCAGCUGCACUGGGCCGACACUUAUGUGUUCUCCUUCAACUUUCUCGCGAUCAUCCCACUGGCCUGGCUCAUAGGGAAAGCCACAGAGGAUGUGGCCGCCAGGAUAGGGGAGACGGCUGGUGGUCUUUUGAAUGCAACCUUUGGCAAUGUGGUCGAGAUGCUGCUCUGCAUUGCCGGAAUUCGCAACAACGAAAUCAGCGUUGUCCAAUGCACGCUGCUUGGGUCUAUCCUCAGCAACCUAUUGCUGGUAAUGGGCUGUGCCUUCCUCUUUGGUGGCCUGUACUAUCCGAUCCAACGGUAUAAUCAGGCCGGGGCUGCCACGCAAUGCUCUUUGAUGGCCCUGAGCGUUUUCGCAAUUGGUUUGCCGACGAUCUAUGUCAACGUGCUCAAGCAGGAGUCUGAGUGGGAGCACAUGGUGGAGGUGUCAAGAUGGGCUUCGGUGUGCCUCCUCGGCGUCUAUUUUGCGUAUUUGGUGUUCCAGCUAAAAACGCACGCAAGCCUCUUCCAGGACGAAGGCGAAGGCGAGGGCGAGGAGGAAGAGGAGCCCGACCUGAGCCCAGUUACAGCAGCAAUUUUGCUGCUGGUUUGCACCGUUGUUACGUCCUAUGCAACCGAUGCCCUCAUUGAAGCCAUCAAGGGGACGAUUGAUGAGUGGAAAGUGUCCAAAGAGUUCAUUGGCAUUAUCUUGCUGCCCAUAAUUGGUAACGCUGCUGAGCACUACACUGCAAUCAAAGUAGCUAUGCAGAACAAAAUGGACCUGUCCCUUGGUGUAGCUGCAGGGUCGUCAUGCCAGAUGGCUCUACUCGUGACACCUUUCACUGUCUUGGUGGGAUGGUGCUAUGGCACAGAGAUGACCUUGAACUUUCACGCUUUCCAACUUGCUGUACUUCUAUUCUCGGUCUUCCUGGUCAACUCCAUUUUGAACAAUGGCCAGUCCAACUGGUUGGAGGGCUACAUACUCCUCGUAACUUACUUCGUGGUUUCACUGAUCUACUUCUUUGAGGGCCGCUUCCUCAGCUUCGGCUGCUCACCGUUUUUCGAUUUGGUCUGGACCUCGUGCACGGCUUCCCUGUCGCAGCCAAGGUUUGGCAUGAGAGGGUAUGGGGUAAGGCAGGUUGAGGAGCUUAGCAAGGCUGCAAGUAGCACUGGCCGAAACAAAGCGUCGCAGAAGAAGACUGCAGAGCAGCAGAUCCCGCAAGUCGGAGCCAUGAACCAUCCUGGCUUGCAAAGCCUCUUUAACCCGAAGGCUGGCAACAAGGUAUUCGCCCUUGACUCUGUCUUGCCGGAUGCCAAUCGUACCCGUCCGCAGAAGCCCGCGACUGGCAAGCUGGCAUUGCCGGCAGUACCUGGCAGCAGAAAUGUGGGUGGAGAAGAUCCUUUGAAGGCCGGAUCACCCGUGCUCUCUGUGAGUCCAGAGCUUGAGCCCGUCCGUGAGUCAGACGGCUUCUCCCCCGCGUUCCAAGAUGCUGUACAGACUAUGAUGCAAAGCUUGCAGGGGGGCAACCAGCCGCAAGGAACAGCGAAGGUGACAAACGAGCCUGAGAUGACGGUAGGGGCUUCUGAAGAGCCCGGACCUGACAUGACCUCGAUGUCGUCGGAGCCACCGAAGCCGACGGAGCCGCAAACUUCGGAGUCAAGGAUGAGGCGUGCCAUUGCCAGAACACCGGUAAAACCGCCCGAGAGAAUCGAAGAGAUCAAGAACAUUGAGGUUUUUGCAGAGCGGCUUGUAGAUGCUUACGGGUCCUUGACGAAGGCCUUUGAAGCCUUCGACAGUCACGACCGAAGCGAAGUGACAAGAUCUCAGUUCGAUGCUGCACUGGAUGCGAUGAAGCUCGACGUCGAGGAGCUGUGUGGCAUUCCUGCCUCCAAGCUCUUCAGCAUGGUAAGUCGAGCCUCCAAGAAGCCCAUCGGAGCAUUGACAGAGCAGGCUUGGAACUCUUUCUUCAAGAAGUACCUCGGGCAGACGUCCUCAGCGCAUUUGCUUGAAGCCGACUACAGCAUCCAGGCCGCCUUGAGUCAUCUGGCAGAGUUGCACCGGCUGCAGCCUUCUUCAGCGCCACGGGAACGACGACGGUGGGAUGAGGAGGGCUCAGACUCCGAUCCACCCCGUCGCUGGUGCGUUGUCGCUGCUGCGGUGCUCGAUGAUUCGACCAUGGCUAAACUCGCCAAUCUUGAGGACACGGGCAGCACCGACAGGAAAAAGAACAUGCAGGAAGAAGCGGGAGGCGGCCGGCGCCGUGGUGCUGUCGGCUCCCAGGAGCAUGCCGAUGGCUCAUCUGCCUCCGGUGACUCUGACGACGAUGCCACUACAAGGCGGCGGUUGGCACAGGACCAGGCCGGCGACGGCUCGCGUGAUGGUAGAGGGCAGAUUUACGAGUCGUCUGGUGGCUCUGGUGUGAAAGAAGGGACACCGGGCGAGGAUGCGGAUGCCAAGCUGUUAGCCAAUGGCAAUGGAGCCAAAUCCGGCGAGGCUUCUUAUUCUUCUGAUCUCGGCGGUGGCAAGGACACUCGAGGCCCAACGCAGGAACAGCGUGAACGUCUGGGAGCUAUUGAUGAGGACGGUUCGACCUUGAGCCCCGGAGCAGAAGUGUCUAACAGUGCUGUGCCAGAUGAAGAGGGAUUGCAGACAUCUGCGAGUGCCACAAGGGCUCCUGGUGGAGAAUCCGGGCUGCAAGCGCCAUCUGGGCCCGGGCCGGGUCACGGCUCGGGUCGGGGCCCGAACUCAAGCUCGGGCGGUUUCGGCAACUCUGGUUCCGGCGUCGGCGCUCCGAGUGGUACUUCCGGAACGGAUGGUGACGGGCAUCGGUCGGCAUCCAAGGAUGGACAGGCAGAAGAGGGAGAUGGCAGGCGCCUGAACCCAGGCACUAGCUCUGCCGACAAUUCCUCCGUAUUGGACGGGCCUGAGAACUCUAAAGAUGCGUUCGGCUCAACGCCUUCGGAUCCGCUCUCUGGAAGCACCCGAGAUCCGGACGGGCGAACGAACAACAUGGGUGGACGUCUUGAUGGCGCUGCCGCUGGUGCUGGUGGUGCUGGUAGUAGUGUUGGCGGCAGCGAUGGUGGUCGUGAUGCUGGUGCCGAUGCAAAGGAUCGCCGCACUGGACGAGCUGGAAUCUCAUCUUCCUUUUCCGCACAAGACCUGGAUGGAGCGCCUGCGGGAUCAAAGUCUUUCUCAGGAUAUGCGGACGUGAAUCGGCGAAAGUACCAAAGCGAGCCCACUGAUCUGCUGGCCAGAGCAGCUGCAGAGUCCCAAAGCCACUCUGCAGUCGGGGCAGAGGGUGUAUCCGAUGAAGCCGGCGAUGUCACUGGGCAUACCAGCAGUCCAUAA